CUUGUGUCUGCAGGUGCUUCUCCUUCGGGAUCGGUGAGGGUGCGAGUACGGCUCUCAUCACAGGAAUGGCCAGAGAAGGUUCUGGUCACGCUCAGUUCAUCACAGGCACUGACCGCAUGCAGCCCAAAGUGAUGCAGUCGCUCAGGUUUGCUCUCCAGCCGGCUGUGGAUAAUAUCUCUGUGAACUGGACCGUUCCUGAAGGUGUGACGGUGGACAUGCUGUCUCCACCCAUCAACACCCUGUUCCAGGGUCAGAGGGCGCUCAUCCACGCUCAGAUUAAAGGACAGGUGAAAGCUUUGCAUGGUUUAAUCUAAUAGGCUUCUGGAGACCAGCGUCAUUCAUUUGUUUAAACCAAGGGUUCAACAGCCAGCAGCCUGCAGCCCAAAUUUGACGUUUUUCAUCUUUUAGUGCCUCUAUGAUGUAAGAAAAAUGGCUGUGUGCUGACCCAGAUGUGACCUGACACUGUGAUGUGAUAAAAAUAGGGCUGCCCCCCUAAUAGUUAACUAACUGUUGGUCAUCGAGAAGAGGCUUAGUUGACCAAAAAUGUAUUAGUCUCUUAGUAGAAAUGCAAAUCUGGCAGGAAGUCCAAACUUUCACUUAUCAUUCAUCAACCUCAAAUAUGGCUUAUCAUUUGAAAAAUAUGUACGUAGUAGCAACUUAACACCGCUGCUCUCUCUAUCAUUAACCUAGCUAGAUAAAUGUGUGCUAUUAGGCGUCUAUCCAAGUGCAGAGAGUGGAAGCUGUUAGUG